UCUUCUUGAUAUUACUGCUGACAUUUCUACUGUAACAGAAUCAGAAAAACUCGGAACCGAAAGAAAAGAAGGAAAAACGAUGGCAAUUCCAAUAUUAGCAAUUGGAUUAAGAAGUGCGUUCUUGGCAUUAUGCUGCGUAAUGAUAGCCACUCUCGUUUACACCAUCUCCAUUGAUGGCCUUCCCUUCCGCAGAGACCUCCUCACUCCAUGGAUGACUGUUACUCUCGUUGAUUUCUACAUCAACGUUGUGCCUUUCGCUGCUUGGACUUACUACAAGGAAUCAAAUCAUUUUACUGCGGUUAUCUGGAUAAUUUUACUAAUAUGCUUUGGCAGCGUUACAACAUGUGCCUACAUUUUUAUUCAAUUUCUUAAGUUAUCACCUCAAGAGUCAUUGCAAGAUCCAAUGUACUAUGUUCUACUGCAGCAUGAUACUAAGGAUGGAGUGGGACAAAAGCAGAAGAAUCAUUCUUCUGUUGUGCCUGCAAGGAUUGGUUUCAGCAUUUUGGGUUGUCUGAUGGCGGCAACUUUGGUCUACACUAUUUUAACUGAUGGUUCCCCUUUUCGAAAAGAACUCUUUACUCCGUGGAUGGUUGCAACACUAAUUGACUUCUACAUCAACAUUGCAGCUCUUUCAGUUUGGAUUGCAUACAAGGAAUCAAGUUGGCUUCAUGGAUUCUUGUGGAUAAUUUUAUUGAUUUGUUUUGGCAGCAUUUCUACUUGUGCGUACAUAGUAAAUCAGCUGUUGCAGCUUACAUCUCAAGAUCCACUCUACCUAGUUUUACUGAAGAGGGAUAACAGCACAAUCCCUCAUUUAUCUUUCCAGCACAUUCCUAUCUCCUUCAGGAUCAAUUGCUGCUGCUUCAUUUUCAUCACCACGUAGCAGUGCAGGUAAAAACAACCCAGCUUCUGUUUCCUGAGACUCAUUUUCCAGCUUACUGUGACUCGUCCAAAUACAGCUCAACAAAUUGGAAUGCUUGCAUAAUACUCUUCCCUUGUAGAUUUCAAGUUGUCUGAGAUCAUUUUCGCAAUACUCAACUACCUUUAGCUGCGCCAAUACUCAUCAGUUUGCGACUCAAUUUUAUACUGUAAUGCUUCAAGCUCAUCACAAGUCUUUUCUUUCUAAAAGCCUUAUACUGAAAUGCAGGUCUCUGGGAAGCAAAGUAGACUGGUCCGUUGCUUCUUUUCUCCUAGCUUCAGCUUGCCCCGAAUUGCAAAUCACCAAAACUGCUUCUAUGUGUCUAAUUUUCCCUAUCCAUAUCUACAUACAUUUUCAUCUCAUCGUGAGUCAAGCCCUCAAAAACCUUGUUUAUCUUCGUCAAUUCUACACCAGGAUUGUUCGAUAGGUUCCAUAACCUGAUCUUUAUUUUGUUUUCAGAAUCUCAAAACUCCUUUUCUAUUUUUGUUCUCCCAUUCUUGUAAUUCAGAUAUUGCACGUUCUCUAGCCAAGAUGGCUAGUUAACUCUUUAGCAAUUUGCCUUUACAAGUGCCUUUUCUUCUCCUCUUUCUCUUUUUCAACUUUUCAACUUUUCAACUCCUGCAAUCUUCCUCUCUUUCUCUUCUUCUCAGCUUCAACUGACAAGAAGCUUCGUGGCAACAUACCACGAGCAACAAACCUUUCCACCUUCUUCCACACCACAAGUUUCUUGUCAUUUCCGGCGGUGUUAGUUUUCUUGGCAUCCAAAUUUUGGUAUUUAUUACUUCAUGAAUUAUGUCGAAUUCAAUAUAUCGACAUUGAUAGAAGAAGUGUUGGUUGAGGA